AUGGCUAACGGGGAUACAGAACGCCCAGGUUCCCCAAGCAAACGUUGUCCAAGUUCCAUAGUAAACAUGUGGAUUCAGCUUGAAGGUGCAAAGGAUCCUGAAGAGUUGUUUGCUGAUAUAACUCGUGUCAAAAAUUUGAGCGGGUUCAAAAAAAUUCUCAUCGAACAGUUCAAAGAAUUAAAAGGCGCAGAGUUGCGAGAUAUUGAAAUCCUAGAUAAUAUUGUGAGACUUAGAUACAUACUCAAUAAGGAGGAAUGUAUAACUCCACAUUCUAGUGGUUCGUUUAAUUUGUUACAAAAAGAGGCCAAGGCACUGUUUGGGGAUUUAAAUGAGUGUGAAACCAGCGAUCUGAAAGUUCGAAUCAAGAACAGAAAGGCAUAUAGUGAAUGGAAACUCGGUGAAGUUUUACGAGAUAUUUAUCAUUAUAAAAGCGGUAUUCUUGAUGCAGAGCUUAAGGAUAAAAAAAAUGUAUUUGAGAAAGUUAACAUCAACGAAGCCACAACGCGUGAGUUCAUUUCGGUCAUCUUGGUCAAUGCAGUCAAUUAUGUCAAAGAAAACAAUGACGCCACAGCAAAAUUAAUGGUAGAAGUUAAUCUUAAGGGAAGUCAUGGGUACGGUCCUUUAGAUUACGCAGUUUUAUUACGUCAACAUUUUAUUUUAAUAACGGAGGCAAAACCAUUGGAAACCGAAAAAGGCAUCGCUCAAAAUUUAGCACAGAUACAUAAUCUUGUGAUAAUGCCAAUAAUUGGUGUUGUAACGACUGGAAUGGCAUGGCUCUUCAUCCGCUAUACUGGUCCAGUUGAAUCCGCACAACUUGAGAUAUCUGAUGAAUUUUAUUGUAGUUUUACAGGCAAUAUGGAGGAUGCAAGAAGGGUAGCUUCCUAUGUUGUACGACUGCUACAAUCACAAGUUAAACAAUUAGAGACAAGUUCAAAAUGCCUAUGUAAUGUUCAAAA